AUGACUGAGCUGCACGCUGAUGGGCGAGCAGAUUGCCUAUUUUUUAUGAAUAAUUCAUGCAAUAAAGGAGACUUAUGUAUAUAUCGGCAUAAUCUUUUGGCUCGAGAAAGCCGGGUGCAAUGUACCGAGUUUCAGGCGCGCCAAACAUGUAGUAAAGUAGGGUGUGGCGAUCGCCAUUUGACAAGUUAUAUUAGUGGAACAUAUUGUUACUGGGAAACAGCACCCACAGGGUGUACUAAAGCUAUUUGUCCUUUUAAACAUCAUGGUUAUCCAGGUGCUGGGAAACAGGUUUUGCUUAACAUGUCAUCAGGAAAGGCUAUAGAAUCUUCAGUGGGCAGCUCUGUAGGUGUAGAUCUUUCUCAAAAAAAUACAUCUUUUGGACCAUCUUUGGAAACAAAACAAGAAAAUCAAGCAGUGCAUUUGGAAGGCGAGCCGGUGAUUCAGGAAAACCAAGAUAUCAAAACACAUGGUUUAUCUAGUAAUCUAUCAGAACAACGUAAACGUAAAUUAGAAUCUGUAUUGCCUUUAUCUAUUUCAAAAAAGCAAGAGAAAUAUCCGUUAAAAGACAAAAAUAUGAAAACCAUAUUGCAAACUUCUCAAAACACAGAGUGUCAAUUCUCUGCUCCUACUGCACCUAAAUCACAAAGAAAUGUACUCCAGUUGAAAACGGGUACAAAGGGGGCUAAGGGGAAUCAUGGCAGAAAACAAGAUAAACGGAAUUUAGCAAAUACCCAUGAAAAGGAUAAUAUUGAAUUUAGAGUUCGUACAUUAGAAGAAAUUAGAGAAGAAAAAGCAGCAAAGCUUAGACAAGUUGAAAAGAAUAAAGAAACCCUAGAAGAUCAGAAAGAUGUUUCAUUAAAAGAAUCUUCUAAUAUUUUACAAACUGAUAUUUCUGCAUUAAAGCAUUCCAAAAAAGAUAUCAAUGAGAAAAAGAAGACUAUAGAACAUGUUAAAUUGGAACCUCAAACUUUUUCGUCUCAGGAAAACCUUAAACUGAAAAAUUCUCAGAGUGGUAAUUUAAAAAAUGAAAUAAAUUCAACUUUGUUACCAUCUUCAGAUGAUGAUUUGGAUUUUUUGAAUGAGAAUGAAGAUAAGUCUAUAGAUAUAAAUAUUAUUCAGAACGGAAAUAAUGGUUUUGAAGAUGAUGAAUUGGCAGAAUUUGAACGUGAGUUAGAAAUGUGA